CUCGAUGAAGACAGAGAAAGCGACGACGAGGAGGAGUUCCGUUAAAAGUCUCCGCCCGCAAACCAGAGAGAGGAGUUGACGCCGGGAGGCGAUGGGGAGCUACAAGUACUGCAUGUGCUUCACGCGCAAGUUCCUGUGGAGCGCGGCGCAGCCGCCGGCGGACGUGAGGGAAGCGUUCACGGCGCACGCCGGUUGGGCGGCCCAGAUGGGGGCGGACCAGCUGCAGCGGUUCCUCGCCGAGGCGCAGGGCGAGGCGGCCGCCACCCUAGCCGACGCCGAGCGGAUCGUCGAGCUCCUCCGCCGGCGCCACCACCUCCCCUCCGUGCUCGCCCGCCCCGGCAUCACCCUCGACGACUUCUUCCACUUCCUCUUCUCCGGCGACCUCAAUCCCCCCGUCCGAUCCCAGGUUCACCAAGAUAUGAAACUUCCAUUGUCCCAUUACUAUAUAUACACAGGCCAUAACUCAUACUUGACCGGGAACCAACUCAGCAGCGAUUGCAGCGAUGUUCCAAUCAUAAAAGCAUUGCAGAGAGGUGUCCGAGUAAUUGAAUUAGACAUGUGGCCGAAUUCUACAAAAGAUAAUGUUCACAUCCUUCAUGGAAGGACACUGACAUCUCCAGUGGAGAUGAUCAGAUGUUUGAGGUCCAUUAAGGAGUUUGCUUUCUGUGCAUCCCCCUAUCCUGUGGUCAUAACUCUGGAGGACCACCUUACUGCAGAUCUCCAAGCUAAAGUUGCUCAGAUGGUCACUCGAAUAUUUGGAGACAUGUUAUACUACCCCGAGUCAGAUUCUCUCGAGGAAUUCCCCUCUCCAGAAUCUCUAAUGAACCGAGUUAUUAUUUCAACUAAGCCGCCAAAGGAAUACCUCGAAGCAAAGAACAUUAGGGACAAGGAAGACGAUUCUCACGAGAGUGGUAAGGUUUCAAAUGAUGAAGAAACUUGGGGAAAUGACACUGCAGAUCUAAAAGCUUUAAGUACCUCUAAUGAUAAGAAAGAAGAUGAACAGAAUGGUGAUGAGCAGGAUGAAGAAGAUUCUGAUGAUGAUGACGACGAUGAUGAUUCAGCUCCUGAGUAUAGGCAUAUAAUAACGGUUCAUGCUGGGAAACCUAAAGGUCGAAUGCGUGAUGCAUUAAAGGUUGAUCCUCAUAAAGUAAGGCGACUUAGCUUGAGUGAGCAACAGCUAGAAAAAUUAGCAGAAUCUCAUGGACCUGAUAUAGUAAGGUUUACUCAGAAGAAUAUUCUAAGAGUUUACCCAAAGGGUACACGCUUCAACUCUUCUAAUUACAACCCUCUGCUUGGAUGGAUGCAUGGAGCACAGAUGGUUGCAUUUAAUAUGCAGGGGUAUGGAAGAUCACUUUGGUUGAUGCAAGGAUUGUUUAGGGCCAAUGGAGGUUGUGGUUUCGUAAGAAAACCCGAUUUCCUUAUGAAAGUUGGUCCACAUGGUGAAGUUUUUGAUCCUGAAGCAAGUUUACCUGUGAAGAUAACCUUGAAGGUUAAGGUGUACAUGGGAGAUGGAUGGCGCAUGGACUUUAGUCAGACACAUUUUGAUGCCUAUUCUCCUCCAGAUUUCUAUACAAAGGUUGGGAUAGCCGGAGUUCCUGCUGAUACCAAAAUGAAGAAGACAAAGAUAAUAGAAGACAAUUGGACGCCGGUUUGGGAAGAGGAAUUCAGUUUUCCUCUAACUGUUCCAGAACUGGCUUUGCUCAGGAUUGAAGUGCAUGAGUACGACAUGUCUGAUAAGGAUGACUUUGGUGGGCAAACAUGCCUUCCAGUUUGGGAGCUAAGACCAGGGAUUCGAGCUGUGCCUCUUCACGAUCGGAAGGGAAACAAGUACAAGUCUGUAAGGCUGCUAAUGCGUUUUCAGUUCGUGUGAAUCUUGUUUGCUGGUAAUUCGAGCAAGUUCUUCAUCGGAGUAGUCUACGAUCCUAUACUCUUGUAUGUCAAUUUUUAAAUGAUGUAGUUUUGUAUGGCUGUAACAGUAAUUUCUUUGUAUAUACAAAAUUAAGAAGCUGUUUUAUGGAUACAUUUAAUCAAAGAAACCAUCAUUUGUUUCCCUGAA